AUGAGGCCUUGGCGAGCACCGAGGGCGGGGUUUGCGGCCAGCCAGCAGAGCUGUAGGGCGUAUUCGUGGCGCCACACGACGUGCUACGCGCCCCGGGGGGGGCAGGAGGCUCCCAGGCAGCAGCGGCAGCGGCGGCAGAGGGGUGAGGGCGGCGAGCGCAGUACAGAUGUAGGCAGCGGGGGCGGGUUCCGAGCUGGUGGCCCGCCAGAGCGCCAGCAGCAACGGCAGGAGCAACAGGAGCAGGACAUCCCAGUGGUGCGGCCGGGGCAGGCAGCGAGCGCCACCUUCUUCUCGAGCGACCGCUGGGACGCGCUGGGUGCCAGCGCGGAGGUGGUGGCAGCGCUGCAGACACUGGGCAUCACGCGUCCGUCCCACAUCCAGGCGGCCGCCUACCGCGCUCUGGCGCAGAGCGGCGCGCGGCACGUGGUGCUGGCUGACCACGCAGGCAGUGGCAAGACGCUGGCCUACCUGCUGCCACUGCUGCAAGUGCUGCGCGAGGAGGAGCGUGUGCUGGGUGCCGCCGCCACGCAACCCCACUGCCCCCGCCUGGUGGUGGUGGUGCCCACCGCAGAGCUGUGUGCACAGGUUGUGCGCGUGUGCCGUGCACUGUCACGCGCGGGGCUGCGCUUCCGCUCAGCAGCUGCCACUGGGGGACGGCCGCUGCGCACCCAGAAGGAGAUGCUGGAGGGCGGGGUGGAUGUGCUGGUGGGCACGCCUGGCCGCCUGGCAGAGCUGCUGGGCGAGGGCUGCCUGCAGCUCACCUUUUGCCGCGCCGUCGUGGUGGACGAGGUGGAUGUGUUGCUGGGGGAAGACUUCGCGUUUGCCGAGCAGGUGGCGCCACUGCGGGCAGCAGCCCCCAGCACCACGCGCUUUGUAUUUGCCACUGCCACCAUUCCGGAGCAGGUGUACCUGGACCUUGAGGAGGCAUUUCCUGGCCUGGCAGCCGCACUCGGGCCUGGCCUCCACCGCACUGCGCCAGGCAUCACCGAGCAGCUGGUGGACUGCAGCGGCGGUGACGAAGUCAGCGCGGAGAGCGGUUUCCAGCGCAAGGCGGCCGCACUGUUUGCGGUGCUGCAGGAGCAGCGGGCCUCUCGCUCCAUUGUGUUUUGCAACAAGAUAGAGUCCUGCCGCAAGGUGGAGAACUUCCUGAACCGCACCUUCAGCCAUGAAGACCAUGCAGAGGUGCUGCCCCACCAUGCUGCCAUCGCCGACACGCACCGUGAUGCCAACCUGCGGCGCUUCCUUGCAUUGCCAGACAGCAGCGGCGGCCGUCGUGGCGGCAGUGCCAGCACCAACACCCCUGAGCGGCUGGUGUUGGUGUGCACGGACCGUGCCAGCCGCGGCAUGGACAGUGCGUUUGUGGAACACGUGGUGCUGUUUGACAUGCCGCGUGACCCUUCGGAGUACCUGCGCCGCGUGGGGCGCACCACACGGGGCGCUGGCAGCAGCGGCGUGGUGUCGGUGCUGGCGCUGGGGCGUCAGGUGCGUCUAGCUCGGGAGAUCAUCGACAGAAACCAGGGCGACCUGGUGCUGCACCGCAUCCCGGCAGUGUUGCCAGUGGCCGUGGAGCGCACUGAUGCCGAGCGCUUGAGGAGCAACAUGGCGGUAUCAGCAGCAGCAGGCGCGAUGCCAGCAGCAGCAGCCCCACCACCUGCAGCCGAUUCUUUUGAAACUGAGCAGCAUGGAACAUCCAGCUAG